UAAGCCAUGUCUCUUAUUCCGAGUACAUUGGUCGCCUGUACCAAAAAUGGGAGACUGCAAAGUAGAGUGCGAUUCUAGUAAUUCCUUAUCAUUUGAGCAAGAAAAAAAACCGAGAGGGUCCAACACCUCGUUUAGUACAAAAUUUGUUGCGAAAAGAUUCCCACAAUAUUUUGUUGCACUCGCAGCUAAUAUCAAUGGGUUUGCCCUUGGAGCGGGUUGGUUCUGGUCUUCUACUGGCGUUCCAGGCAUGGCCAAAUCUGGAGAUCUUGGAGAUCUUACUAAAUCAGAUCGUUCUUGGAUCACAUCGGCCCCAAUGCUUGGUGCAUUAUUGGCUUGCCCAAUCACUGCAAUUUGCCUCAAUCACUUGGGGCGUCGAAAUUCGCUACUGUGGUUUUCCAUACCGGGGUCCUUAUCGUGGUUUAUAAUUGCAUUUUCAAAUAGCAUUCCAGUUAUACUGGUUGCCCGUGUCGCUGUUGGGAUUUUUUGUGGAUUAAGUGGGAUUAUUGGACCUUUGUUGAUUGCUGAGUCGGUCGAAGCUCCAUUUCGAGGAUUACUCAUGUGCAUGUUUGAAUUUGCAAUUUGCAUUGGAACACUUUAUGUCUAUAUCAUAGGAUCAUUUAUGGAUUGGCACAUUCAAGCAAUUGCAGCAGCUAUUGUACCAGUGGUGGGAUUUGGCGUGCUGAUUUUUGUUCCGGAAUCGCCGUACUACUUGAUGGAGAAGGAUGAUUAUAAGGGAGCUGUGAAGUCAUUGUGCUGGCUACGAGGUGCAGAUGCAGGUCAUCUGAUAUCAGAAGAAAUUGAAGAGGUUUCACAAACUGUUAAAAACCGAAGGUGCGAUGCACACCUUUCCUGGCGUGAAGUUUUACGAGAUCAGGCCGUGAUGAAACCAAUUCUCUUGAGUAUUGCUCUAAUGACUUUCUUUCAAGGAACUUACAUCAACGUAGUUCUAAAUGCGACCGUGGAGAUAUUUCAGUCCGCUGGAUCUUACGACGAAUACUUUUCUACUAUUUUAAUUGGAGUCAUACAAAUCAUUGCUACGUUGGUUCCAAUGACCUUGUCAGACCGAAUCGGACGAAGAAUAUUGAUUUUGGUCUCACUUGUCAUGAUUGUAUUUUCCCUCAUUGGGCUUGGACUGUAUUUCAGGCUCAAAAAUAUUUAUGGCGAAUCUUCGCAAUUUAUGGAAAGUAUAUCUUGGGUCCCAUUAGCAGCUUUGGUCGGAUAUAUCAUUGCCUGCAGUAUCGGGAUUGUCCCCUUGUCGUGGGUCAUCACAGCUGAGAUAGCUCCACCCAAAGCUAAAGGACUCGCCUCAGGGAUGGCCGGAAUAUGGGGCCGAGUUGUAGGAUUUGCUGUGAUUUUUACAUUCUGGGACUUGAUUCAACUUCUGGGCAACGAUGGGACUUAUUGGCUAAUUGCAAGUUUCAAUUUUGCUGCAGGCGUGGUCAUAUAUUUCUUCGUGCCAGAGACUCGUGGCAAAACUUUGGAGCAAAUUCAGGCACACUUUGAAAAGUCUAACACUGAAAAGGCAACUAAAAUGUGAUCGUUGCGACUUGAUCACCACGUCCAAUAAAUUAUCCCCUCUGACUGACGCUAUAA